AUGAGGACUAUCGUACUGGGCCUCACAUGGCUCUGUCUUUGCCUGUCUCUGGAUGCGUUGUCUUUGAGGGGACGGAAGACAGACGCAGUUGAUGGAGAUGGAACUCAGGCAGCAAUCACAGGAGAGAGGCCACUAAGAAGAGUGAGACGAGGCUGGAUGUGGAACCAGUUUUUCCUGCAGGAAGAGUACACUGGCAGUGAUUACCAGUACAUUGGCAAGCUCCAGUCAGACCAGGACAACGGCAACGGUUUAGUCAAAUAUGUGCUGUCUGGUGAGGGGGCUGGCGCCCUCUUUGUCAUCGACGAGAAUAAUGGGGACCUGCACGCCACCCGCCGCCUGGAUCGUGAGGAAAAGGCUUUUUAUAUCCUCAAAGCCACAGUGGUCAACAAGCACACAGGUCUGAAGCUGGAGCCAGAGACAGAGUUCAUCGUCAAACUCCACGACAUCAACGAUAAUGAGCCUCACUUCAGCAAAGAGGUUUACACCGGCAGCGUACCUGAGCGGUCUGACAUAGGUACAUCUGUCAUGCAGGUGACAGCUACAGAUGCUGAUGACAGUAUGUAUGGGAACAGUGCCAAACUGGUCUACAGCAUCAGCCAGGGACACCCAUACUUUUCUGUGGACCCAAACACAGGUGUGAUCCGGACAGCCUUGGGUCCCGGUGACAUGGACCGCGAGCAGAGGGAGCACUACCAGGUGGUGAUCGAAGCCAAAGACAUGGCCGGGCAGAGAGGAGGGCUCACAGGGACCACAGUGGUUAACAUCACACUCACUGAUGUCAACGACAACCCGCCCCGCUUCACUCAGAGUAUUUACCAAUUCAGAGUUCCCGAGUCAUCGAAAUCUGGCAUCCCAGUUGGGAGAAUUCAAGCCACCGACAGAGACACCGGGAAAAACGCAGAGAUGUAUUUCACCAUCGUCAGUGGAGACGGCAUGGACAUGUUUGAGAUCUCCACUGACAAAAUCACCCAGGAGGGAGUGAUCACUGUCAGCAAGCCUCUGGACUUUGAGAAGAAGCCAUCAUACACUGUAGAGAUCCAGGUCCAGAACACCCAGGUGGACCCUCGCUUCAUGUCCACAGGCUCCAAAGACAUGGCAACGGUUCGUAUUGGCGUGGAGGACGUGGACGAGCCGCCACUGUUCGACAAGGCCAGCUAUCUGAUGGAGCUGAAGGAAGAUGCUGAGGUGGGCGUGGCCGUGGGCUCGGUCAGCGCCAUGGACCCCGAUGGAGCUCGCAGCAUGGUUAAGUACUCCAUCGAUCGUCGCACCGACAUGGACCGCCUGUUCAACGUCCAUCCAGGGAACGGGUCUGUGUUCCUGCUCAAACGCCUGGACAGGGAGGAGACUGCCUGGCAUAACAUCUCAGUCAUUGCCACUGAGUUCAGUAAGUGCGAUAAUCCCCGUCAGAGCAGCCAUGUUCCCGUCUACAUCCGCCUGCUGGACGUCAACGACAACGCUCCCACCUUCGCCACCGUUUAUGAAACCUUCGUCUGUGAGAGAACCAAGGCUGCUCAGCGGAUCCAGACAGUGAGCGCUGUUGAUGCUGACGAGCCGUCGACAGGACACAAGUUUUUCUUCAGUUUGGCUCCUGAGGUGAUGCACCGCAGCAACUUCACUGUUCGAGACAAUGGAGAUAACACUGCCAGCAUCCUGACACGUCGAGCCAGUUAUAGCCGCCUUCACCAGAGCAUCUACCUGGUUCCUGUGGUGAUCACUGACGGCGAGUACCCCAUGCAGAGCAGCACCGGGACCCUCACUGUGAGGGUGUGCACCUGCGACCGCGAUGGCAACAUGGAGCUGUGUAAUCCUGAGGCUCUGAGCAGCUCUCCAGGCCUCAGCACUGGUGCACUCAUCGCCAUCCUCCUGUGUGCCAUCAUACUGCUGAUGAUCGUGGUUCUAUUCACAGCAUUAAAACGCCAAAGAAAGCAGGAACCGCUCAUCAUCUCCAAGGAGGACGUCCGGGACAACGUGGUGAGCUAUAAUGAUGAAGGCGGUGGCGAGGAGGACACCCAAGCUUUUGAUAUCGGAGCACUGCGACACCCGGAUGCUGCCGCUGCCUUAGAGGAGUCUGCCAAGCAGAGGCGUGACAUCAUCCCCACUGACACCCUGCUCUACCCACCAAGCCGCCGACACGCCCCCACUGCUCCUGGCCUCAUCAUGCCACCGGUCUGCUCGGCGUCACGGGACAACGGGGACGUACGCGAGUUCAUCAACCAGAGAGUUCUGGAGAACGACUGCAACCCAACAGCACCACCGUACGACUCGCUGGCCACCUACGCCUACGAGGGCGCCGGCUCGGUGGCUGAGUCGCUGAGCUCACUGGGCUCUGUGUCAUCUGAGGCUGAGCAGGACUACCACUACCUUAGUGACUGGGGGCCUAGGUUCAGGAAGCUAGCUGACCUGUAUGGGGCAGAGGACAGCGACUUCUCCUAA